AACGCCAUGACUUUUUGAAAAGAAAAGAAAAAAAUGCUAUAGUUUUGUAUUUAGCACCAUGAUCUUCACUACAAAAAUGCUAUAGUUUUUGAAUUUAUUUUUUGUCAUGUUUAGUUUGCAAGUGUUUUGUGUUGUAAUGAAAAACUAUUGACAAUUCAUUGUGCCUAUUUAAUUUUUCCAGAAUCAUGAAUAUAACUAUGAGUCUGUGACUAUAUGUAAAUCAUAACAAGAAGGAAUGACAAAGAUUAAAAAGAGAUGCAGACGCAUAGGGUUAAGGCUUAACUUGUUGGGUUAUGUUGUUCUAGAAGAACCUGUUGUACCCAAGAUGAAGGUGCUUCAAAAUAAAGGCAUAAAAAAGCAUAAUAGUGAUUCCUCUAUUCUUUUUCAGCAGAGAAGUUUGUUUGUGAACUUCUAAUGGGUUACACAAUAUCUUUGAAAUUUUUGUACUCUUUACUGCUUAUAGUGAUAUUGCAAUUCUGUCUUUUGGAAGUGAGGGUCAAAUAACAGGUGUCCUAGUGUAGAUAUUUUCAGUUCUAAAUGCAAUCUGUGGCUUUUACUGGUGCUCACCUGUUUGUUAUUGCUGCAAUCUGGUUUGUGGGAUUUGGCCUUUCUCUGCUCCUCCUCUGUCUCUGUUGUUGCUGCUGCCAACGUCGAUACCAUGGCUAUUCUCGAACAGCUUAUGCGCUUUCUUUCAUUUUUCUGAUGUUCACCAUUGCUGCAAUCAUUGGAUGCGUUGUUUUGUAUACUGGACAAGGGAAGUUCCAUACUAGCACAUUGAAUACAUUGGACCAUGUCAUGUGGCAAGCUAACACCAUUGUGUCCAAUGGUUCUCACGGGAGAGCCGCCUCCAUUGUGUCCUGAAAGUUCAUUCCCUUCAACUAGUAGGAGCAGCGUUGUUAUGCGUUACAUGGAAAAGAAGACACGCAAGUAAGAGUAGAGCGGUUUUUUUUUUUUUUUACACCAUUUAGGUUAAAAAAAGAAAAGAAUAUUGUGUGGACCUAGGAAGCAUGGAUGUGUAUUUAAUUCACUUUCAAUUCUUUUUGAUUGUUUAGUUCUUUGGUUUAAUGGAAAGUAUAUUUUGAGGUU